AGGUAAAGGAGGGUCAUAGGCGGGAGAGAAAAUGCAACUGGAGAAGGCAUUCAUCUUAAACAACCUGUCAGUCUGCUUCUCCCGGCUUAAAUGUAGCACCUUAAUGUUGCUCUUCCUCUGAACUGUGACGUCAUAACAACAGCUCUUGCUGGAUACUUGUGCCGAGUGGAUAUUGAACUGAGCCUUGAGAAGCUUCGUCAUCAAACCAAUAGAAUUGAUCUGUAUAAUUUGACCAGUCACAAUAUAGAAAUGUGAACAUUCUACAAUAGCUUCUUUAUUAUUUUAACAGAUAAGAUUCAGUUAUGAACACGGCGGUCCCUGACAGUGGGACGGGGAACACGAACGCGGGGGACCUUAAAGAUUCCAAUCCACAGCAAACCUUAGGGAGCGCCUACUCGCCUGUUGACUACAUGAGCAUUACCAGUUUUCCAAGAUUGCCUGAAGAUGAUUUGUCAACAGAAAACUCUCUCAGGUUUCGCAAAGAUGAUGACAUUGUCCUGUCGGAGCAGGAUACAGACCCAGAUCUGUUCCUCAAGUCAGCUCGACUGCAGCGUCUCCCCUCUUCAGCCUCAGAUCUGGCAAACAAGGACUUUGCAUCCUUUCGGGAGACCACAACAGACCCGUUUCAGGAAGGAUGUGCUUGCCAGCGAGAUGGGCUCACAGUCAUUAUCACAGCUUGCCUCACUUUCGCCACUGGAGUCACGAUAGCUCUCAUCGUGCAGAUCUACUUUGGAGAUCCUCAGGUCUUCAACCAAGGAGCUGUGGUGACUGACGCCACUCCAUGUACCUCUCUCGGGUUUGAAAUUUUAGAGAAGCAAGGUUCAAGUGUUGAUGCAGCCAUUGCCGCCUCUCUGUGUUUAGGAAUUGUCCACCCACACACCUCUGGUUUGGGAGGUGGUGGAGUCAUGUUGGUGCAUGAUAUACGCAAGAACAAGACAAGGAUCAUCGACUUCAGAGAGACAGCCCCGGCUGGCCUUCAUGAGGAUCUGAUGCAGACAAAUCUUCACUUAAAGCCUGGGCUGUUGGUGGGAGUACCAGGCAUGCUCAGUGGGAUGCAUCAGGCACACCAGCUGUAUGGCAGGAUGCAGUGGAAAGAUGUGGUUACCCUGGCUGCAGAUGUUGCCCGAAAAGGAUUCAAUGUUACGCAUGAUUUAGCUGACGCGCUCGCCAAGGUCAAGGACCAAAACGUUUCGGAUGCAUUCCGAGAUCUUUUCCUUCCCAACGGGCGGCCUCCUCUCCCUGGAUUGUUCAGCCGGCGCCUGGAUUUGGCUGCCAUCUUGGAUGACGUUGCCUUGAAGGGGAUUUCAGAAUUUUACAAUGGAAACUUAACACAGGAAAUGGUUAAUGCAGUGCAGGAGAGUGGGGGCGUGCUCGUAGAAGAAGACUUCAGCAACUACAGUACUGUCCUGCAGCAACCAGCUGAAAUCCACUAUCAAGGGUACAAUGUGUUAGCAGCCCCAGCCCCACAUGCAGGCGUGGCACUGAUCAGUGCUCUGAACAUUCUGGAAGGAUUCAAUAUUACUGGUCAGGUGCCGAGGAGCAGCAUGUAUCACCGCAUUGCAGAGUCUGUGAAGAUCGCUCUGGGCUUGGCCAGUGGGCUGGGAGACCCCAUGUUUGACUCGACAGUGUCGGACAUGGUCACCAAUAUGUUGAGCAAAACACAAGCAUCCAAACUGCGUGACAAGAUCAGUGACUCUCAGACUUACCCGGUCAGCCAUUACACGCCUUCAUUUGUGCUGGAGGAGGGUGGACAAGCAGCACAGGUCAUGGUGAUGGGCCCAGAUGACCACAUUGUAUCAGUAGUGAGCUCAUUGAACAAACCUUUCGGCAGCCAACUGGUGACCCCGUCUGGAGUCCUGUUGAACAGCCAAAUAUUGGAUUUCUCCUGGCCGAAUAAGACUCAACGCUCAUCACCUAAUCCACAUAACUACCUUCAACCUGGAAAGAGGCCCAUGUCCUUUCUGAUGCCCACAGUCGUAAGACCAGCGGUGGGCUUUUGUGGCACGUAUGUGGCUCUCAGUUCGUCUCACGCAGACAGAUCUCUAAGUAGCAUCACGCAGGUGUUGAUGAAUGUCCUGACGUCACGUAAAAACAUGAGCGACAGUCUGUCCUACGGAAGACUCCACCCACAGCUGCAGAACAAUAUACUGUUGGUUGACUCUGAGUUUUCAGAUGAAGACAUAAAGGUACUACAAGCCAAAGGUCACAGAGUUGAACGGAAAGAUGUGUUGUCAUUGGUGGAAGGUACACAGCGAACAAAUGACCUCAUUGUCGGAGUGAAGGACCCUCGCAGUGUGGAUGCGUCAGCCAUCACAAUGUCUCUCAUGCCAUAGCAAGGCUGUAAUAACUGGAGAUAGUUUGGUGUGCCUGUCAACCUUCACUAUACGAUAUGGUCUCAGCUCAAACUACAAUGUGACAUCAUGAUAUUAUUUGUUGAAUUAUCUGCAUGGAGGUCAUGUAUUUUUAAACUAGCCAAACAGCUCCCAGUUCACUCAUCUGCCAUGCAACAUGUCUACCUAUUCCGUGUACAUAUGUCCAGGCGCUGUUGAUACUCCACACAUAGAUGUUGAGUUGUUGUCAUUACACUCCACACAUUCACUGUUUAUUACAAAUAUUGUUUUUACACUAUACUAUCUUACUAGGAGCUAUUUUAGCUGGGACGCUUUGGUUAUUGUUUUAUUUUUCACAAAUUGCUAAAUCUGUCAAUUUGUUCAUUAUAUCCCUGUUCUUGAAAUAUUUCAUGGCAGGAAGCCACACUGGUUACCGUCCUUCUAUGAAUAGUUUGUGGAGGCCUGUUCUAGUGAUUACAUAUCAAUAUUUUGUUCAUACGUAACAGUAAAAGUAUGAUUUGAUUCCUUUUUGUUGAUGCUCAUGUUUGCACGACAGUAUAUUCUUUAUUUCAUGUGUACAUGUUGUAAUGUACUGUAAAAAUAAAUUAAUUGAAAAAUAAAUAUGAGACAUUGCUGGAAAA